GUUGGUACUACCUAAUUUUCUAUGAAUAAAUAAUAAUUUCAACAUGCAGUAAGGAUUACCGUCUAAUGUAUUUUCUCUUAAAGAAAAUUUGUUUCGAAGUUAAAAGUUUCUACCAUGUACAAUUUAUUUCAUACAGUUCAACAUCGUACAAACGAAUCGUUUAAGGUUAUGGUAAAAAAAAAUAUAUUUAGCACGGUUAAAUUUAUUAUAACUUAAUUUCUCCUUAAAAAGGAAAACCAGGGUUCUUUGCCUAUGAUUUUUUUUUGUUCAUAGUAAAAUACAGAGAAUAUUUACUGAAAUAACGUUUUUUACUGAAACGUUUUAAGUAAAUAAAAGAUCGAGUUUCAAGGUUAUUAAAAUGUCAUAUAAAAAAGAGACAUUGGAAAGAGUUGCAUGGAAUUUUCCUCUACAAUUUGUAUCAACAACAUACAGAAAGGAAGUUGAAAGAUGUAUAAUAGUAUGGGGUAUUAAGAAUGAUUCCUUAUAUGACAAGAAAGCAAGUGAAAAUAAACAAUUUUGUACUAAUUAUAUAUCUACUCACCAAUACACAAUCGCAACCUUUGUACCUAAAAAUAUAUGGCAGCAAUUUCAUAGGUUGUCAAAUGUUUAUUUUUUUUUUCUUGCAAUCUUGCAAACCAUACGACAGAUAUCGGCUACCCAUGGUAUUCCUACAAUAAUGGUUCCUUUAUCGUUUGUUUUUAUUGUCAAUGGGUUAAAAGAUGCAUUUGAAGACUAUAACCGUUAUAAGGCGGAUAUUAUCGAAAACAGUCAAAUUGUGCUAAGGAUAACACAUCCACAGUCAACGGUUUCUUUCAUGUUGAAAAAUUCAUACAGACGUAAUUCGAUGGAAAAAAAAAACAUUUCACCUACAAUGACUGAUAUGGAUUCAAAUCGAGAUUCUCAAAAUUCUUUUCUUAUUAGCUUGAUUGAGGGGUCACCAGAAAAAAAAGAAACAUACGAAACCGAACAACUUUUACAAAGACAACGAACAAAUAAACAUACCAUUACGAAAUUCGUUAAUCAAGGAUUACUAGAAGAAGCUGUAUGGGAAGAUGUUAAAGUGGGUGAUAUACUUUACCUUCAAGACGGUGAUAAAAUUCCAGCAGAUAUGGUUUUAUUAGGUUGUCCGAAUGAAGGUGGUGUUGUUUAUGUAGAAACAGCUAGUUUAGAUGGGGAAACGAAUUUAAAAAUAAAACAAUGUGUUUCCGAGUCUCUCACAUUUAUUAGUAAUUUAACUGAAAAUGCAUUGAAAAGGUGUCAAAAUCUUCGCGGUUUCGUUAAAUGUACUUCGCUUGACGCAUCAUUGGACUCUAUCAACGGUUUUAUUUAUUUACAUAAUAAUGGUAUUAAAAAGGAAAAAAUUAAUAUAACAUCAAAGCAAUUUAUUUUAAGAGGGUGUUGCUUACGGAAUACUCAGUGGGUAAUAGGCAUUGUUGUUUUUACCGGAUUUGACACAAAAGCAAUGCAGAGCUUUUCAGAAACAAAUCCUAAAACAAGUUUAUUAGAUGACUAUACAAAUUACAUAACAAUGAUAGUUUUCUUAGUUCAGAUUUUUAUCUGCCUCUUUCUCGCUAUUGGUACUUAUUUAUUUUGGUUAAAGGAAGAAAACUAUUCAAAAGAUAUGUUUUUGCGAUUAAAACCUCCUAUUCAAAAUAUUUUAAUAUGGUUUUUUAUGUGGUUAGUAUUCUUUGCUAAUAUGGUACCUAUUUCGCUUAUUGUAACAAUGGGUAUUGUUAAAACAAUCCAAGGAUUUUUUAUUUCCUGGGAUAAAGAUAUGUAUGAUGGGAAAACGGAUCAGCAUGCUGUCGUUCGAAGAUCAAAUUUGAAUGAUCAAUUAGGAUGUAUAACACAUGUUUUAACGGAUAAAACGGGGACAUUAACAUGCAAUAAUAUGAAAUUUCGUCGUUGUUGUAUACAUGGUAUUGAUUAUGGAAAUACAGUAAUAGCUUUGAAACCAACUAAGAAAAUGAUUCCAACCUGCGUAUUAUCUGAUACUCUUACUUCAUCGCCAUCAUUAGUGACAAUACCUCAUGUGAACAUAACCGAUAAAACGCUAGAUUCCAUUUUAAAAGAUUCCAGCCAUAUCCAUUACCAAUACAUUCUUCAUUUUUUUUUAAAUUUAGCAAUAAAUAAUACAAUUCUUAUAAAUAGUAAUUGUCAUUCACCACCUGUUUAUUCCUCCAGUUCUGCUGAUGAAGAAGCUAUGGUGUAUGGAGCUUAUUAUUUUGGAAUUAAACUAUUAGCACGUUUUGGUCACAAUCUUAUUAAAGUUGAAGUUUUAAAUCAUGUCAUUGAAGUAAAAGUAUUAGCAUUUUUCGAAUUUUCUAACACUCGGAAACGAACAUCCGUUUUAUGUUAUUUAAAAGCUGACGAGACGUUAAAGUGGACAUCCCCCCGUUAUAUUUUAUUUACAAAAGGUGCGGAUUCAGUUAUUCUGCCUCGGUUAUGUCCUCUUGAAUCGGCAAAAAAAGUAAUGAAAGACAAUCUUUUUAUGUUAAAAGAGUAUGCAUCGGAUGGUUUGAGAACAAUGUGCUUGGCCCAACGUGAAGUAUCAUUGGAUGAAGCCAAAACUUUUUCCAACGAGUAUACGUUAUUAAAUUCUUCACAAACAAAACAAGAUUUCACUAAAAGAGUUGAGGAAUUAGAAACUGGGUUAAUUUUUCAAGGUGUUGUUGGAAUUGAGGAUGAGAUUCAGCAUGGAGUAAAUGAUGUUUUAAAAGCUUUAACGGAUGCAGAAAUCAAAGUAUGGAUGUUGACUGGUGAUAAAUUAGAAACUGCAAUUAACAUAGGCUUAUCUACGGGUUUGAUUCAAAAAAACACAGUUACAUUUCUAUAUCAAGCUGAUUCUAUUCAAAAUGAUUUAAAACAAGAUGUAUCGGAUGGGGCGCCGUUACAAUCGUUAGACGAUUCCGUUAAUUGCCAAACCAAAGAAUCGGUAACCAGUAAAAGACAAUUUGUAUCUUCUUUCGAGCAGUUUCAGAGAGAACUCUAUAACAAAUUUUUCGCAGAUCAGAAUAAUUAUAAUAUAUUGGUACAAAAGUUAAAGGAUGACUGUAUAAGAGAGGAUUUGACACAGACAUCCUUUGUAUCAGAUUUUCAUCCAAGUCUUUCACGAAAAUCGAUUCACCCGUCUCAUGUCACAGAACCUUUUGGAUCGUUUAAUGGAAUAGAUGACAUAAAAGAUAAAAGUUUAUCUAGUUUAACAACAGCUCUUGUUGUAGAUGGAACAUGUCUUGAAGAAUUCUUGAAACCCAUUAUGCAGGAAUCUUUUCUUAAUUUAUGCUGUAGAUGCUCAGCUGUUAUUUGCUCCCGUGCAUCUCCUAAUCAAAAGAAACAAAUCGUUGAGUUAAUCAAGCGAAAUAAAGAAAAUAUUACUUUGGCGAUUGGGGACGGCGCUAAUGAUUGCAGUAUGAUUCAAGCCGCUCAUGUAGGUGUGGCGAUUCGUGGAACGGAAGGUUUACAAGCAUUUAAUGUUUCAGAUUAUGCAAUAUCGCAAUUUCGUUUUCUUAAAAGUCUUGUAUUAUGUCAUGGGCGAUGGUGUCAUCGUCGCAUUUCCAUAUUAAUCCUUUAUAUGUUUUAUAAAAAUCUAGUUCUUGUUACUCCUGUUUUUUUUUUUAGUAUUUUCACAGGGUUUACGGGGACAAAAUUAUAUUAUGAUUAUAUCUAUCAAUUAUAUAAUAUUUUAUUCACAUCGAUUCCUGUUAUGAUUUUCGGGGUUUUUGACCAAGAUGUGAGCAAAUCAGAAACAUUACGAAAUGUAGAAUGCUACAAGUUUGGGUGUCAACGAUAUUAUCUAAAUAAUAAAACUUUUCUGCGUUGGUUUUUUGUUGGAAUACUUCAAGGUGGCAUUUUAUUUGCGUUUUCCAUGCUUCUAUUUUCAAACAACUAUGCAAUAAAAUUAACUCAACCAAUUUCCAUGUAUUUCAUUGGUCACUGUAUUUAUAUUACCGUUUUAAUAACGGUUAAUUUAAAAUUAAUAAUGGAAACUUGUAUGAUGACAUGGAUAGUUGUAGCUGCUGCUUUCUUUAGCAUUUUUUCAUGGUUUAUGGUAAUGAUUGCCUUCAGUUCUUCACCUUCGAUAUUUCCUCAAAUUCUUUCUCUUCUAUUCACUAUGUUACAGUCUCCUUUAUUUUACAUUAACUUAUUAGUAGCACCUAUUCUUUCAUUCAGUCCUGAUUUUCUCUAUAAACAUAUUCAAAUGAGGAAGAAAAAAAAUGCGUUACAAAGCUAACUAAAACACUUCAAGUUCACGCGCCGUUGGACUUUUCCCUACUAGCAGAAUUCCCUUUUCUUUUUAAAAAAAGACUAAAAUCUUUAAAAAGUAUAUUUUGUGGUCCAUUGGUGUUGAUGUUUUAGCAAGACACUAAGUGUCAGCGUGACGUACCUUCUGAUUGGUAGUAUUACAGUCACUACAAGAACCGUGUGUAAGCGAAAGUGUACUCGUUUCAUCUGUUUCUCUAACGUCUGGUUCAUUCAACGUUUUAUCCAUAUUACUGAUGUAACAUGACUUUAAACGUUAGCUUUAGUAUGAAACCAUAAAUUCUCUUCGAGGUUUCACAUAACAGCUUAAUAAUGUUUUUUAGUGUCAUUUUAUUCUUUUUCAUUGCUUCUGCUUUAAGAAACUAUUAAGCAUCAAUUUAUUUAAAACCCUACUAUUCA